AUGGCAUCAAGGAACCGUCAAGGCAAGUGUGUACAACGGUCUGUAUCCCGGACAAGUCGCGAGAACUCCAGCGAUACCGAAGCCGAGUCCACUGCAAGUGGUCCCGCCUUCAAAAGAAGACAGGCCAGCCUCUAUGACGCUGUUGCAGGCCGUGUAACCACGACACGACCACUUCACUCGUAUGACCCCCAAAGGUCCAGCGUAAAGUAUUCCAAAAGGAACGAUCCUAACUCGCACCGGAACCCCGUCCUUUCACCCGAAGAGGUGCUCUUCAGGCGCGCAGGUGCUCCCAUCCGCUACGCAGAGAAGGACAUAUACCACGCUCACGAGGAUCUGCCUGAAGGUGGGCGAAAUAUCCUUCCCGACAGUGACCUGCUGAAGACUAUCCACAGCUACGCUAGCCACUUCUACGAAGACCUGCCCGCAAACAAGCAGGCCAUUCGUAGCGAGACCGGAGAGGGCAUCAGCGAGAGAAGUAUGGACGAGACGGCCCUCCUGGCUUUCGGUAUAUUACUCGAGGAAGCCGGGCGCGAAGCUUUGGGUCAGAAAGGAGACCUAGUUUUCACGGAGGGUGUGGUAGAGGAAGGGGAAGAGGAAGAUGGGGCGCCACAAGUCGAUGAUGAAGAUGCCGAGGUAUUUGGAUUUCUAGAUGGCACUAGAUACGAAGCACGAGGACGUUUGAAGCGGCCAUGA